AAUGGCGUCAAACUUUUUGUUUUCUGUCAUCAUUGAAUUCAUUGUUUAUUUAUUAUUUUAUAGAUCUAGAAUCUAGGUAGUUAAUUAUAUUGAAGGGUCAUAUUUCUUAAAAUCUUAAUGGCUCAAGCAUUGGUUAAUAUUCCAAAAGACAAGCAAAAGAUUGGAGAUCAUAAGCAGUUUAAUUAAAGUGACAAAAUUAAACAACAAAAAGCCUCAUUAACAAAAUGAAAAGUUACUAUGUAUUUUGUAUCUUUUGGAUUUCAUCUAUUGAAUCUUCUGUGACUUCAAGUGAAGGGAAGUGUCCCCCUGUUAUGUCGAUUGAAAAUGGGCUAGUCACUUAUGAUAUCAAUACUCACACUAUGAACUAUGUCUGUGAUAGUGGAUAUCGCAUGAAGGGUCAGAGUAAAAUGAUAUGUGUCAAUGGCACAUGGAAUCCAUCCAAUCCACCCACGUGUCUCAAGGAAACUGUUGGAAAUUCUGUUUUCUGCUUGAUUGACCCUGAGAUCAGGAACGGAAAGAUGGCUUACACCCCAGUUAGAAUGAAAGGCACUUUGGCAGUGGUAUUUUGUGAUGCUGGAUUUUCUACUGAUGACACAUUUCAGCCAAACUUUCCAAUAGUUUGUAGCUCGAAUGGAGAGUGGACCAUGCCCAAUGGAAAUACACGUCUAUCUUCCUGUACUAAGAAAUACUGUCCCAGCCCUCCAGAUGUUCCAAAAGCUCUACAUCGUUACACUAGCUACAAUCCAAACAUGUCAGAUGGUCUAGAGGUUGAAUACAUCUGCUCCAGUGGCUAUGUUCUUCUUGGUCCUGUCUCCAGUGCCCGUCUAAUUUGUCGUAAUGGCCAGUGGGAGGGGCCUAUACCAACCUGUGUACAAGAGGAGGACUGCCCCUCUCCAGGACUCAUUCAGCAUGGCAAGUGGGAGUUGGUCAACAAAGGUAAACAAGACCUGGCUUCUUACAAUAUGGAAGAAGGGAGCUACCCAAAGUAUGUGAUUGGAGCUGUGGUGGAGUACAGCUGUAAGCCUGGGUAUAAAUUAAUAGGAUCAGGGGUGCUGCAGUGCCGUCCUGACAAAAUUUGGUCUAAAGUUCCUCCCAUCUGCGUUCUCGAGAGUGAUCCAACCUGGUACUGCCCUGAUUUUGUGCCUAUCAGCAAUGGUGUCUGCAAAUGUAUGGGACAAGACUCCAGUGACCUGACACUCUGCAGGCCCUUUUACAGAGGCAUCCGCAUCGAGUGUGCCUGUGCCCCAGGCUUUAAAUUACAGGGUGUAGAUGUGCUUACUUGCAUACACAGCUCUGCUAGCAAUAAUGGAAGGUGGGACUGGGAGUUUCCUAGCUGCUUAUCAAACAGUGAGAUUGAUUUGAUUCCUGAGGUUCAAAAUGAAGGCAAGUCCUACAGUUCUGGUGAUAUUAGUGAUUCCAAAAAUAAGGAAUCCUCCCUGGUGAUUGUUGUGACCACAGCUUGUAGUGUUCUGGGAGUUCUUUUGUUGAUCAUGGUUGUUGUCGUGAUCAGAAGAAAGAAGCCAGGAGCACCUCAUUUGUUCCAACAAGGACCAGCUCCAACACCUUAUGCUCGAGUCCACAACAACUCCAUGGAUGAACAUGAUAGGAUGGCUCUUAUGGCUUAUGCUGAUGCUUCAGGAAUACAUCUUCCCUCUUAUGAGGAGUCCAUGAGAUCUAGCAAUGGAGCUGGUUUCUCCGUUGUGGGUUGUGGUGUAAGCCCAAGCACUUCCGAAUAUCGGAGGCUGCUCCCUGCAAGUCACCCAGGAGUUCGGGCGGCCAUUUUGCAUCAACAGAAUGUGGGUGGUGAUGGAAACAACAACAUAAACAACAACAAUAACAACAACAGCAAUCGUCUCUCUGUGGUCACCACCAGUACAAUGAAUCGAGAUGGAGUCUCUGAAAUGUUUGGCUCAAUGGACACUGUCAAUGUCAGCAUGAGUGAUGCAUCAACGUCUGUGAGGGUGGAAACCUUUGACUCUGGUACCUCCAACAGGUCUAUCUCAUCACGGACGGCUAGAGCAGGCAGUCUGAACUCAUCUAAUGACCAACUGUCGAAUGUGAAUGAUGAUGCUCCACUCUUAGAGACCAGUUCACAGAGGGAAGCUGAUGUGGUCAGUGUAAGUUCAAAUCCCAGCCGGUCAAGUAAAGAGGAACCCUGAGAUCUCCCCCUUCUAGUUUCUAGUUUGGCUUUGACCUCAUUUCAGUUUCUUUAUCGUUGUGAGUUGAGACACCAAGUGGAGUCGUUUUGUUUUCUUAAGUACUACUUAACAAACAGAAGUAUUUCAGUCUCAUUUUUUAGCUUUAUCUUUCAAUACUUCACUGAGUGAAUCAAAUGAGUGGACAGUGACACUACUACAAUGAGUGAAUCAAAUGAGUUCCCCAAGACAUCAGUGAAAUGAACAAGAUGCUGAUCACAGAUUUAUGUCACAUAACUGAUCACAGAUAAUUUAACAUUGACAAGGUUUAUUCUGUACCACAUGAUCAGCAAUGGUUGAAACCAAAUGAAACGUUUUGUUCCUGUCAAAGCAAAAAAACAUGAAAUGCUUUUAGUCUUGUGAUAUUUCUACUAGAGAUCAUCGUUUCAUGGAUCAUAAUUUUCAUGUAGCAGAUCUUGUUCUUGUCAAAAAAUGAAAUAACCAGUUCAUAGUGCGGAACAUUUUUUUAUUUGUAUAUAAUUUAAGAAAAUGAGAACAACGAUUUGUCAGAUUAUUUUAAUUUUAAAAUCAUUUUUUAAUUACUAUUUUAUAUUUACAAUAUGGAUAAGUUAUACAUGAGAAUCUAUUGCUACAUGAAGUAAGACAAAUGAAAAUAGUCAAUAGUCAUAUGAUAUAUCAAAGUGAGUUUAUACAUUGUAUUUUUGCUUUACAAGCUUAGUGAUAACAAACUUAUUUCCCCUGCAUGGCAUUUGAUUUAGAUCAUGACAUAUAUAACUUUUGAGAUGCUGAAAAAAACAUUUGUUUAGUUUUAUAAAUUAAUCUGAUCUACCAAACACAGUAGCACCCCAUGAUUAACAUUGAAAACAUUUCUUACUGUUUCUGUAUCAACAAUGGUAGAGAGUGUUUGAGUUUUAGAUUCGACGAGAGGUAAGGAGUAAAUUCUAUGCAUUAGUUUAUAUUCACAUUAUAGAUUUAUUCAGUUUGACAUAAGGCAGUUAGAUCUUGCAAGUAUGAAAUGAAUUCUAGUAUUCAGCAGAUGUGUGUGAGUGUUUAUUGUUAAAAAGCUCAACAUGAUGAUUUGACUUUGACUAGAUACAUUUCUAGUUUGAUAUAUUUCAAAUUAUGUAUGUAAAAUUAUUUGAGCAUGCAUUUUUUAUAUUUCUGUGACAUCUGUAGGAAAUGAACUAAACAUUUUGAAAGUGUAGAUCUCUGUGAUUAUAUUAUCUCAAUCUCAUGGCUAUUAUCAAUAUAAAAAAUUUUUAAAAUUUAAAUUUUCUAAUUAAGCAAGUUAUGUAAUAUAUAUAUACACAUGAAAACAAACUUUAUGGUGGACUGAGCUUUGACAAGAUUUAACUCUACCAAACUUGUUCUUGUAUUUGACUGAACACAGACACCUGGGAACCAAUUUACUAAGUGAUAUUAUUUUAGCUUUUUGUGUGUAUUUUACUGAAGAUUUUACUGACGUUUUAUUGAAAUGGUUUUAAUGUAUAUUAUGUUUUGUGGUACCAUGAUUUUUUUUAAAAACUUGAAUGUAAUUUAUGAGUAUUAGUUCUAAACAUAUUUGCCAGGCCAGUUGUUGCAAUUCAAUUGUUGCAUUGCAUCAUUUUGGUGUUUUGGUGAUGAUUUGUAGUACCAUGAUAUUUUUGUUUAACUUAAAUGUAAUUUAUAAGUAUUAUUUCAAAACCUAUUUGCCAGGCCAGUUGUUGAAAUUCAAUGAUUGCACUUCAUCACUUUACUGUUUGGUGAGUUUGCUAUUCAAGUAUGGGCUGAUGUAGAUUCUGUGAAUAUUGUAAGCUGGGCAUCAAUGUAAGAGUGGCCUAAAUGAAUCAAUGUUUUCAUCUUUAAUUGUUUGGUUGUUCUUGGAUGUAUUUCUAUUCUAUUCCUUGAGAUGUUCCGGAAGACUUGUGAUAAUGAUUCUUAGCAUAAAAAUGUUUGGUACAAAUGAAGCAAGCCAUAAGUCAUAGCUGAAAUGAAGUUAUUUAAAUCUGUAAGAGUGUUUCAUGAGUUUAACUUGAUCUUUGCUUAAGCCUUUUUAUUAUGGUACAUAGAAUAGCAAAACAAACAGAAGAAACAACAUAUAUAUAAAACAAAUAUUCACCUGAUUUAACUUUUUAAAACUUAUUAACAUUUCAUUGCCAUUCGGAAAUAAUGUUUUUUUUUAUAAACAAUACAAUAUUCUCUUAAGCAUGACAUUUAGGCUGAUGUUUUUCUUACUUAGACCCUUCCUCACCAUUUGGUGCAUUGGGUGGCAAGCUGUCUUCCUAAAGAUCUGUCACUGGCAAUGUCUGAAGAUUCUUUCCAACUGUUGUCCACUGCUCUGAAAUCCUCACUACGGAGUGUGGCUGUUACGAGCAUAUGAGACUCUUAAUUAUUCACCAACAAACUCAUCUAUAAUAGGUUAUGAAGACUUUUGUUCACAUUACUCCAUUUCUAGGUCUUCUUUCUCUAACCCUUUCAACACGUGUUCGCACCAUUUCACACAUUCACACUAUACACAUUCACACUAUGCUGCGCACAUAACAGUGGCAUUAUAUAGUUUAUUUGAUCAACCUUAUUUGUUUGGAUGUUUUUGUAUUUUUUAAUCUGCUUUGCACUGGGAUGCAUAAUAUUCUAUAAAACAAACAGUAGAAUCAGAAAAUAGUUUCUUUCAGUACAGCAGUAUGAACAACAACAACAAAAAAGCACUUGAUGUAUUAUGACAUGUUCUGUUAAGUUAGUCAUUGUUAGCAUGUCUCUACUGCUAGUACUGCACUGUCUGUGUGCUUCUUUGUUUGCUAAAUUUUUCUUGCACUCCAUUGUGGCAAUUUUUUUUUUUUUUUUUUUUUUUUGCAGAGUUGUUUUUUCUCUCUGCAUUUCUUUUUAUGUUAGAAUAUUUUCUCUUUGCCUGUCACCUGUUUUAAAACAUAUUUGAUCUCUGAUGUACCUGAAUUCAAUAGUUUCAAGGAAUGCACAUAUACAGCAGAAAAACUGAAAAGACAUUCAUGCAAUACUUUAUAUAGUAACCUUUAUUUCACAGACAACACCUACAGACUUGGACUGUAAACCAAUCAAGGGAAGCUAAUGCAACCUUUUAUAUAGUUUUUUUCAAAAGCUGAUGUUCUGUUGUUGAUUUACCUCCCUCUCCCUCUUUAACCUAGCUACACUGAUCAGUUUUUUUAGAUCUUCUAUACACUACAAUCAGAGUCUUACACAAUUGUAUUCCCCUGAGUAGAAUUAGAAUUUGUUUGAUGUCUGAAUCCUGUAUCAUACAAUUGAGGUUUUUGUUUCUUGUGUAGAUGUUUGUCUAGAUCAUAUUAGAAAAUGUUGACAAGUUGAGUUUUGAUUUAGUCUUCUGAUGAUUGGCUUCUUGUCCUUUUUUAUUGACUUUUUUUUUCUGCUUGAAGAUCUGUGAGUGAUGGAUACAGAUGUUUUUAUUGGAUGAAUGUAUAUAUGGCCAUAAUUUUAAGAAGCUUUGUUCAUUAAAUGUCAUUGUGCAAAGGUAUAGGUUCCUUCUUACUAACUUCUAAACAAACCACCUCAAUCUUGACUAGAUCUGUAACUUGUCAAAAGUUGUACAUGUUACUGCAGUCACCAAUGUUUACAUUACAAAACAAAGCCUAAUGUUUAAACCACAAACAAAGCCAACUAUUUACUUAUUGUAUAUGAACUAUUUACUGCAACUGUUUACAACUUUCAAAUUACAAUGUACUUCAUAGGUUACAAUUCUGGUUUGCUCCUGGAUUCCAACCCUUGACAUUCAGUUUUGCCCAGAGCUAUGCCAUUAAGGUGCAUUAAAUAGUUCUCAAAGGCUGAUGUUGAAAUAAAAGAAUUCCAAACCAAAAUCUGUCCAAGUGAUGACUCUAAGAAAACACUGAAGGCUGGCUGUAAUGUAUAAUGUAGUUCUGCUGUCUCUUCUUCUAUUCAUUUUUCAGUGUGAUAUUUUGAGUCAAAAACUAUUUCUUAUACGCUUUUUAUUUCUUCUGUUGUUGUAUUUUUAUAUAUAUCAUGCUGAUGUACAUGACUAGCAACAUUUCUCUCAAACUGAAAGCAAUAUUGGAACAUCUAAGUUUUAAGGCAGGGAAAAAAGUAAGAUGUAAUAAACUUGAUAAAACUAUUUAGAAGAAACUCCUUUAACAUUAACGGAGAGGUGAAAGUUUUGCUUUAUUUUGUUUUGUUUGUUUUGUUUUUUUUCCUACUAAUGUUUCAUGAAUGAAAUCCAUUUGAACAUGGAGUAAAUCUUGCUGUACUUGUUGAAUGUACUUCCUUGACCAGAUAUUUUCCUUUCACAUAUUAUUAUAGCAGGUUAUAUAUGAUGACAGUAAGAAUAAAAUCUUAUUUAAUUAUAGAUGCAAUUAUAACUA